UCGUUUUAGUUAGUCUCUCGCAUAGUAUAGCCAACGGCUCUUUUCGCUUUUGAAUCAGUUAUCGCAGUUCUUCGGUGCGGUUCAGUUGAGUUAAGGUAGACAGAAUCAGAAUCGAGUGGCAGUAACGACAGCGCGAAGAAAGUUAAGCAAGAUGUCGAAAAAGAACGGUAGCAGUCCCGCGUUAACCGAAAUGCCAACAUGGUAUGCCCCAAAGGAAAAGAUAAGUUUCGGUAAAAUGAUAUAUGAUAAAAAAAAUGGAACCUAUUUCGGACGUACACCUAAAAGUUGGGGUCAACUAAUGCUCUUUUAUAUAAUAUUCUACAUUAUAUUAGCUGGUUUAUUUGCUACUUGUAUGCAAGGUCUUUUCUCUGCAUUAAACGAUAAAACGCCUUUAAGACAAUUGAAAGACUCAUUGAUCGGAACAAAUCCUGGUUUAGGUUUCCGACCAUUAAGUGAAGAAACAGAACGUGGCUCUGUGAUACAAUUCGAUACGAAAAAACCAGAUGAAGGACAGUAUUGGGUAUCCCUUUUAGAUGAUUUCUUAGACAGUUACAGUAAUAGAAAUGGAGAUAAACAAUCGAAAAUUUGUGGUUUUAAUAGCACACAUAAUUCACAACAAGUGUGUUUUGUUGAUAUAGACAGCUUUGGCCCAUGCACGAAACAAAAUAGUUAUGGAUAUAAAAAUGGACGCCCAUGUGUUUUUCUUAAAUUGAAUAAAAUCUUUGGCUGGGAACCACAAUAUUAUGAUGAUCCACAACAUCUACCUGAUAAUAUGCCAAUUGAUUUACAAGAACACAUUGGAAAUGUUUCACAACUGGAGCGUCAACAAAUUUGGGUUUCUUGUCAUGGUCAACAUUCAAACGAUAAAGAGAAAAUGGGAGCAAUCAAUUACUAUCCAUCUCGAGGUUUUGCUGCUUACUACUACCCAUUCUUAAAUCAGCCUGGCUAUCUAAGUCCUCUGAUCGCUGUACAAUUCGAAAAACCAAAAGUCAAUGAAAUGGUGACAGUCGAAUGCCGCGCUUGGGCUAAAAAUAUCAUUUACAGUGGAAGCAAUCGUGACCGUAUGGGUUCUGUCGUAUUCCAACUCUAUAUUGAUUAGAGUAUUGAUACUGCCUACAACAACAACAGUAACAACAUCCUCGUCUUUAUUGCAACUUACCAGCGAUAAACUUUCAACUGCAAAACAUAUUGAUUAAUUUAAUUAAACUGAAUAAAAUUUUUUAGCAAUAUUGCAAAUGUUAUAAAAGUCCAUAACUUAAUAUAAAUUCGGGUCCAUCGUUUGUUUAUUAAAAAUAAUUAUAAACUUAAGAAGUUAAAAACAAAAAAAAACCAACUUAAUUAUAAUAUACGAAUAUAAAUUAUAAUUAACUUCUUUUUUAGUUAAGUUCUUGUAUCUUCUAAAAGUGAAAAUGUUUUGUCUUGCAAAAAUGUUUUAAUUUUUAUUUACCCAUUAAAUGUUAAAAUUGUUUUAAUGUUAUAUAUAUUAUAAAGUAUAUCUGUACUUCGUAAAUACGUUAAUUGGUUCUUGCUCUUUUUUAAUACGCCACAACUGCUGUAGCAAAAGUUGUAUCCUUGUUUCAAAUUGUUUUGUAUAUGCGUUUAUUUUUUAAAUAAAUACUUACUUAAUUAAUU